UAUAUUUGGCAAUAUAUUAAAUUUCUCUCCGCAAUUUUUGGUUGGAAUCCGGCGACAUCAAAAUUCCCCAACGCCGGCGAGACCCUCUACGUUUUUUUGCUGGAAACUCUUUUUGGGUAGUUUGGUAAAAUCACAUCUACUUUGCCCUUUUCUCCUUUAUUUUAUUUACUAACCCCCUUUCUCUCUCUCACUCUAUAUUUUCCCGGUAAACAAACAGCGCCGAUAAGGGUUUCUUUUUUCCCCCGAAAAACAGGAGGUUCUUCCUAUUGCCAUGGCAUCCUCAACCUCGUUUUCUACAUGUACACUACAUGGGGCUACGAAUACCCCUAAAGGGUUCAACUGUUCCAGAGAUUUCAUGUGCAAUUAUUCAAGUGUAUUUAAGCAAACGGUGAUGCCUAAAUUGUUUUCACUAUCUGCCGACCUAACACAUUCAAGGUUGGUACCCGGUGAGAAAUUAACAAGUUGGGAACAGAAAGGGAGGCUCUUAUCAAGGAAUAGAAUCCAAUGCCGAGCAGUGGAUACCAAGAAUUCACUUUCAUGUUUAGGGGGAAAGAAGUUCCAACUUGAUGAUAUAAUUGACGCUCAGCAAUUUGAUAGAGAUAUUCUUAGUGCUAUUUUUAAAGUGGCACGCGGGAUGGAGGAUAUAGAGAAAAAUUCACCUGGCAGCCAAGUUCUCAAGGGCUAUCUAAUGGCUACCCUCUUUUAUGAGCCCUCAACUAGAACUAGACUUUCAUUUGAAUCUGCCAUGAAACGGUUGGGUGGGGAAGUUUUGACUACAGAAAAUGCACGGGAGUUUUCAUCUGCUGCAAAAGGAGAGACCCUUGAAGAUUCUAUAAGAACUGUUGAAGGGUACUCGGAUAUAAUUGUAAUGAGGCACUUUGAAAGUGGUGCUGCCAAAAGAGCAGCAGCCACAGCUAGUAUUCCUGUUAUUAAUGCUGGGGAUGGUCCAGGACAGCAUCCAACUCAGGCUCUUCUAGAUGUAUACACUAUUGAAAGAGAGAUAGGAAAACUGGAUGGAAUAAAAGUUGGGCUUGUUGGAGAUCUUGCUAAUGGAAGGACAGUCCGCUCACUUGCCUAUCUGCUCACAAGGUACCAAGAUGUGAAGAUCUACUUUGUCUCUCCAGAGGUGGUAAGAAUGAAGGAUGACAUAAAAGACUAUCUGACAUCAAAGGGAGUAGAAUGGGAAGAAAGUGCUGAUCUGAUGGAAGUGGCUUCUAAAUGCGAUGUGGUAUACCAAACUCGCAUUCAGCGAGAACGGUUUGGAGAGAGGAUCGAUCUUUAUGAAGAAGCUCGAGGCAAGUACAUUGUAGAUCGGAAUGUCCUUGGUGUGAUGCAAAAGCAUUCUGUUGUCAUGCAUCCUCUCCCGAGGCUUGAUGAGAUAACUGUGGAUGUUGAUGCGGAUCCACGGGCAGCCUAUUUUAGACAAGCAAAGAAUGGUCUCUACAUUCGGAUGGCUCUGCUGAAGCUUCUGCUUCUUGGGUGGUGAGAAAUAUAUAUAUCUAUCAAGUUUUGAUGCAUAAUAUUUCUUUCUUCAGGCAAAUUAUGGAUAUAUGAGCUUUUGACCGCAAAGACCACGAGAAUGGUCUGGUUUUGAAUGGUGUUUGGACUGUUUAACUAGGGCAAAUUUUUACAGUCCUUGUUUAGGCUACUUUUAAGAGUUUUAUAUCUAGGAAAGGAUUGUUCUUAGCAUAUUUCCAAGGUGACCAGAACAAACAAAAUAUUAUCAUUUUUAAUCUAAACGAGGGCCUUGAAUAUAUA